AUGUACCACGGAGAAGCAGAGCUCAGAGGGGUCAAUCCGCGGUUCCAAGCUCCAUUCCUGACAUCUACUGACGAGGUAGAAAACUGCAUCAUCCAACAUGGCGCUCAUCAGACAGCACGUGCUUCCGUGUUUGGGUUCUUCCCUGUGAUAUUGGCAUUGGUGUGUGUUUCCCAGUUGAUAUCUAGAGGAGAAUUUGAAGGAUUGAAGGAUCUUCUCUCUCCCGAGUGCAUCUCUGAAGUGUCGAAAAAUUUGAGUAAUUACAGUCUUCAAGAUCGCCAUAUGUUGGCUGUGGCAGAGGAUGAUAUAUAUUUUGCAUUCCCAUACCAGAUUGGAAUGAUAAUAGAAGAUGACCCACCUCCCAAAUUGCAGAGGAGAUGGGUAGAGGUGACUAUGUGUUACCAUGUCUUCCUUGGCAUGGGAGAAACCAUACGUAGGGGGGAACCACCACCUACGCCAGGAGACCUGCAGCGAAACCGUGAGAAACUCAUCAUCUGCAAUUACCGCUUCAUACGAAACUACACGAAAGGGGUGAAUGAUGACUGGACGAUCAACAAGCUGAACCACUUUCGACCAUCUGGAUUUUCUUAGGAGAAAGUGCUUGGGAACCUGAUGUAUCUUCAUCCCUAUGUCAGCAUUUCAUCUGAAAUUGAAAGUGUGUCUUGCAGUAUAAAAGGAAGGACUAUUUUAUGUUGAUAUGAGUUACUUCUAUUUGAAUAGAAGAGUCAUUUCUUCAUUCCUAGGAUGUGUCUUGAUACAACU